UUCUCUAGCUAGGGCCACGCUCUUCAUCUCCACAAAACCAAAUUUCAUUACCAAAAAAAAUAUCGCUAGCCAUUUCCAAUUCCAAUCUCUCAAUUCUCAAUGGCCAUGGCAACACAAGCCUCCCUCUUCACUCCAACCACCCUCUCCGCCCCAAAAUCCAGCGACCGAGUCGCUGUGCCAUGGAAACAAGCAUCAUGCGUGACACGCCCUAGCUUCAAGUCACAAAAAGUUGCACCCCGCACCAUCAGGGCAGAAGCAGCCGAAGAGAAAGCUGCGACUGCCACAAAGGAGGCUCCAGUUGGGUUCACCCCACCAGAGCUGGACCCAAGUACCCCAUCGCCAAUAUUUGCUGGCAGCACCGGCGGGCUGUUACGUAAGGCACAAGUGGAAGAGUUUUAUGUGAUCACUUGGGAGUCACCCAAGGAACAAAUAUUUGAAAUGCCAACAGGGGGAGCAGCCAUCAUGAGGCAAGGUCCGAACCUGCUCAAAUUGGCUAGGAAGGAGCAGUGCUUGGCUCUGGGGACUAGGCUGAGGUCCAAGUACAAGAUCAACUAUCAGUUUUACAGGGUGUUCCCCAAUGGCGAAGUUCAGUAUUUGCAUCCCAAAGAUGGAGUGUACCCUGAGAAAGUGAACCCUGGUCGCCAAGGAGUGGGACUGAAUUUCAGGAACAUUGGAAAGAAUGUUAACCCAAUUGAGGUCAAGUUCACUGGCAAGCAAGUCUAUGAUCUGUAAGGAUUGAGAGCAAAAUUAAGGUUAUUUAUGAUGUAUUAUUUGUGAUUUAUGUGUUCAAUAUUGUUUGUUGUAUUUUUAGUACCCUUUUCAAAUAGCUGCAUGACUGAAUAGCAAAGGUUUGCAACUUUCUUUAAUGCUUUUGCCCCUUAUUGGAUGUUAGACUUAUAGGAUUUUCACA